AAAGUCGUCAAAACACAUACAAAACAACGUGAAUCCGUUUUGUGACGUAAGCACGUCCAUUACGUCGAACGUAACACGUUUGACUUCAGGAGCGCUAUUGGAACUUCACUCAGCUUGCUACGUUGCAGCAGUGAGCCAAAAUGUAUCGUCCUAAGCCGACUCUAAAGGACCGACAGCACCUAUACAGGCUCAUCAUCAGCCAGCUGCUCCAUGAUGGAUACACCAACAUCGCCAACAGCCUCAUCAAUGAGGUGAAACCACAGAGCGUGGUGUCGCCCUCUGAGCAACUGAUGCAGCUUGCCAAGAUAGGAAUUGAGAAUGACGACAGCGCCGUUCAGUAUGCUAUUGGCCGCUCAGACACAGUAGCACCUGGCGUGGGCAUUGAUCUGGAGUUUGAUGCAGAUGUCCAGACCAUGUCCCCAGAGGCCUCAGAGUAUGAGACCUGCUACGUCACGUCCCAUAAGGGUCCCUGCCGUGUGGCGACAUACAGCCGGGAUGGUCAACUUAUUGCCACAGGCUCAGCUGACGCCUCCAUCAAGAUUCUGGAUACAGAGCGCAUGCUGGCUAAAAGUGCCAUGCCCAUCGAGGUGAUGAUGAACGAGACGGCGCAGCAGAACAUGGAGAAUCAUCCUGUCAUACGUACGCUUUAUGAUCAUGUGGAUGAAGUCACCUGCCUGGCCUUCCAUCCAAGUGAACAGAUUCUAGCAUCUGGCUCAAGAGACUACACCCUAAAACUGUUUGACUACUCAAAGCCCUCUGCUAAAAGAGCUUUUAAAUACAUACAGGAAGCAGAAAUGCUGCGUUCAAUCUCCUUCCACCCCUCUGGGGACUUCUUGCUGGUGGGAACACAGCACCCUACACUGCGCCUCUAUGAUGUCAACACUUUCCAGUGCUUUGUCUCCUGUAACCCACUGGACCAGCACACAGACACCAUCAGUGGCGUCAGCUACAACCCUUCUGCCAACAGCUACGUCACCUGCAGCAAGGACGGCAGCAUCAAGCUGUGGGAUGGUGUCUCCAACCGUUGCGUGACCACCUUUGAGAAGGCCCAUGAUGGGGCAGAGGUGUGCUCCGCCAUCUUCUCCAAGAAUUCCAAGUACAUCCUGUCCAGUGGAAAAGACUCAGUGGCCAAGCUUUGGGAGAUCUCUACUGGUCGGACCCUGGUCAAGUACACAGGGGCGGGACUUAGCGGCCGUCAGAUGCAUCGCACACAAGGUGUGUUCAACCAUACGGAGGACUACGUGCUGCUGCCUGAUGAGCGAACCAUCAGUCUCUGCUGCUGGGACUCUAGAACAGCAGAAAGGAAGAACCUGCUUUCUCUGGGCCACAACAACAUUGUCCGCUGCAUCGUCCAUUCACCCACUAACCCCGGCUUCAUGACCUGCAGUGAUGAUUUUAGGGCCCGCUUCUGGUACCGCCGUGCCACCACAGACUGACCCUCUGUGUUCUGACUUCCCUGAAGCUCUCAGUAACCUGCUGGUGCCAUGGCAGUCCUCUUACCAGUCAUAUAUUUCACUUUUAGUUGAUAUGAAACAGUGUAGGGGAGUUUAUGGACCGGUUCUAAAGAACAGCAGCAAUUGUAAUCACUAAGCCACAAAAGGAAGUGUGGCCACUGCUUCCCUACUGUCUUCUGUUUUAGAAAACGCUUGAAUGAGAGCGAAUGUUUAAACUGAAAGAACAACCCAUAAAACUGCCCUGGAAACAUCAGCUGUGACACUGUUUUGGUUCUUAUAAUGACCUGUACAUUUGGUUCACUGUCUCUUUGUUGUGUUUUUUUAUCUUGUGUUUUGAUUUUUAAUAAAAAAAAAACAAGCCAAAA